AUGGCCUCCAAGAACCCCUCAUCUCCCACCAAGGCACCAGCUUCUCCUAGCAGUUCUGGUGCCAGCCAUGCCUCUGCCUCACGGGUCAGACGCAACCAUACCACCCAGACUUUGAAAGCCGACCUCCAGAAGGUAUCCGCGGCGCGUGGAAACGUUCAUACAACACGGCUUGCAUUUCUAUGCCGCUUCUCCGGUGACGACACUGGAGCAGCCGACGAUGUCACCACUAUGGCCAAACUGAUGGGUGAUGACUUCAAUUUCCAGGUCGAGCAGCAUGUUGUCCGGAAGAACACCAUGAUUCCCCUUGGGCCAUUGCUGAACGCGUGCAGCAAGUUCGUUGAGACUCACCAUAACGCUGGACAGACCAGUCUACUAGUCUUUUAUUACGCUGGCCACGGCAAGGCCGUUGAUGGAAAGCUCGUUCUCUCGUCAGGCAACAGCAGGCUGGAAUGGGCUGCCAUCGCCAGCAGUAUCUUCAACAACAACAGCGACCAUAUGAAAGGUCUCGAUGUUCUCACCAUCAUGGACAGUUGCUUUUCCGGGCUAGCAACCCGCUCCCAAUCCAUCCGUACCAUUCAGGUACUCUCGGCCUGCGGGCCAAGCGAUGAAACCAGAGCCCGGGCCUCUGGGAUCUCCUUCACCCAGCGGAUUCACCGCUCGGUGCAUGCGCUAAAGCAUGCACCAAUCUCCAUUCCUGCACUUUUCGAACAUCUGAGCCAGAACAAGCGCAAGAGCGUCCCACAGCCGCAGUUGGUCACGAUUAGUGGCACUGCGCCUAUUGUCCUCAUUCACAAAAGCCUGGGAUUGCACAACACUAUGCCUAGCCUCCCUCAGUCGGUGAAGAGCAAGAUAAAUGUUCUCGUCAAGUUGGUCCUAGAUGGACAACCCACCGAUAUGUAUGCCCUUUUCAAGGAGGCGAUCAAGGACCUCCCAUACCAACUUCAUGUGGAGGUGUCUAUCGUGUAUGAGACUGACCAAUCGGUCGGAUUCAUACUGCGGAUGUCCUGGGAGACCAUGGCGUGGUGGGGGAUGGUGGCGGAUCUUGAUUUCGUUAUGGUUACCGUAGGGGAUUCUCUCAUGCCGAAGCCAUUUUCCCUCCAAUCAAGAGCCGAGAACAUAACUUAUCGCCAAGGCGGGCCGGCCAAGCAGUGA